CUCAUCCUCCUCACGUCGUCAUCAUCACCACGUCAUCCCCUCCCACGCGCCCUCCCCCCUCAGUCUCCUCUCUUCUCGACAAGCUGCAUGAUGGAGCUCGCGAAUAAGCUUGUGGCUCAAGGUCAGUUCCGGAUGCUGAAGGUUCCUCUGGGCUUCAUUAAGGCCUUACAAUGGUUCUUCGCCAUCUUUGCCUUCUCCACCUGUGGCAGUUAUUCUGGGAUGUUCCGGAUGGCGGUGGAGUGUAAGAACCGGACAGAAAGCGACCUGAGUAUCGAGGUGGAGUUUGAAUAUCCGUUCAGACUCCACCAGGUGUACUUCGACGCCCCCACCUGUAAGGGCCAGAACACGGAGCGCCUCUUCCUGGUGGGCGACUACUCUUCCUCAGCAGAGUUCUUCGUCACCAUCGGCGUCUUCGCCUUCCUCUAUUCCACGGCGGCUCUCGGCAUCUACAUCUUCUUCUACGACAAGUACAAAGAGAACAACAAGGGCCCGCUGAUCGACCUGGGGGUCACCGCCGUGUUCUCUUUCAUGUGGUUGGUGAGUUCGGCUGCUUGGGCCAAAGGUCUGUCUGACGUGAAGACCGCCACCGACCCGGAUCAGGUCAUCACUCUGAUCUCGGCCUGCGAACCAGACGGGGCCAACUGCCGUGAAGUCCACGACCCGGUCAUGUCCGGACUCAACACCUCCGUGGCGUUCGGCUUCAUUAACCUGAUCCUGUGGGUGGGCAACCUGUGGUUCGUCUUUAAGGAGACGGGCAUCAUCGCCCCCUUCAUGCGAGCUCCGCCUCCUCAGGAGAAACCUGCCGCGCCGGACGCUUACGGCCAGCAGGGGGCGUACGAACAAGACCCGUACGCCGGCAACCAGGGAGGCUACCAGCCCGAGUACAGCCAGCAGGGAUACAACCAAGAGGGGGAGUUUGGGCAGGCGGCACCAACCUCCUUUUCCAAUCAGAUGUGAACAGACAGGAAGCGGGAAACGCUGGAGUGAAUCACUAGUGGGUCGCCUGCAACCUACCCACAAUGCAACACUCCUGUCUGCAGAGUGAAUGGGGGGGGGGGGGUUGAUGUCCUCGUUAUUCAUAUUAAAGAACAUAACUUGUAGACAGAAUGUGUUUGUGUUGUAUAGAUAUCACUUUGAACAAAUUAUAUAGAUCAACUGUUUCUUCAUGUUUCCUCUUGAACCCAAGGAUCCGCCCCGCCCCUCGUAUGCCCCGCCCUCCAGGAUCAACGCUGGCCAAUCAUGAAGCUGUUCAGACUGGUUUCAAUAAUCAGAUCCAGACUACAACCAGAACCAGAUCAAACUGGACACCGCGUCUGCCGACUUCCCCUCCCAGCUGUUUUCGCCGUUUGUCUUGCUGCAUGUAAAUAUCGACACAGGAAGUGAUGUCACAGCGGAGACGCGGUGAACCCGGUCUGGACUGCAGCUUCAUGGCGACCGGAUCCAAAAUGGCUCCCGGGCGUUACAGUUGUGACCGAGGAGGAGAGCCGGCUGCUCCAACGUCCGUCUGAAUAUGAACUAACUCUCGAAUUUUAAUAAUCAAUACACCUGAUCAAGCUGAUUAAAAUGUAAAAAAUACAGCGUUCCGCUUUAUAAACAGACACAAAUAAAACAACAAGGAUUUGAUUAGAAACUAGAACUUACAACUAAUAUAAACUAAUUAAAGUUUCAGAUUCAUUCCUUCGUUAAAAUCUCCAGACGGACGUUUGUGUUUUGUUACCGGUCUUCUCCUCGGCUCUCAGCCAAUCAGUAGCGUCCGUGAGCUGAGUGUCGUCUUUCUGGAAGUUUCUCUCUGAAAACAAACUUGAUGCUUCUUCUUCUUCUUCUUCUUCUCCUUCUUCGCUGGUUUUGUUUGUUUGUUGGGAAAGUGAAGCAGUUCUUCCUCCGCAUGAUGACGUGUUUCCUGCUUGUGUUGUUCAGUAACUGAUGAUCAGCGUGAUCCUACUUCCUGUUCUCCUGCACAGGUGUGUGUGUGUGUGUGUGUGUGUGUCAAUACUUCUUUUAUUUUCUCAUUUCCUUCUUCUGUUUUUAAACUUUAUUUAUUUUUAUCUCUUCUAUUCUUCAUCUUCAAAGUCUUUCGUCCUUAAUAUCCACUUCCUCCUCCUCUUCCCUCCCCUCUAUCUGUGAUGUAACUUCAUGUGUAAUGAUAUUCUAUAAAGCAUCAGUAACCAUGGCGACGGUGUUGACAGUGAUAAUGAUGUGUGUAAGUUGUUGCUAUGGAGAACCCCCUCCCCCUCCCCCGCUGUGUUUAUUCAAUGGAAAGUUUCAAUAAACUACAAAGUCUGUUAACGAGUG